CACCCAAAAGGAGCGGCGGCGCUCAGCCCACCUCUCUCUCUCUCUUUCCUCUCGUCUGUCCCCUGAAUCCACAAAACCGGAGCUCCCUCGUCUCGAAAGAUCCGUUCCCUUCGACACCUACUCUGUUCUCAGUCUUCGAUGAUCGCCCGCCGAUCCCUUUUCCUCUGUCCUUGCUGUUGGCUUGAGCUCCGUUGAUAUAUAUCACCUCGAGUCUUCGGCCAGAAAGAGGGCAGGGUCGAGGGGAGUGGUACACAAAAAGAGAGAUGGGGAGGUCUCAGCGGCAGCUGAGGGCCGUGCUCCGCAAGAACUGGCUUCUCAAAAUCCGCCACCCUUUCGCCACCUGUGCUGAGAUUCUGCUGCCAACGAUUGUGAUGUUGAUGCUCAUCGGAAUAAGGUCUAGAGCUGACACGCAAAUUCACCCCGUGCAAGCGUAUAUUAGAAAGGGCAUGCUUGUUGAGGUGGGAAAAAGUGAGAUCUCUCCAAGUUUUGACAGUAUUUUGAAGUUGUUGUUCGUGAACGGUGAACAUCUCGCUUUUGCACCUGACACCGACAAAACAAGGUUGAUGCUGGACGUGCUCUCUUCGAAGUUUCCGCUCCUAAAGAUGGUUGGCAGACUUUACAAGAAUGAAGCUGACCUGGAAAAUUACAUAAGGUCAGAACUGUACGGCGUCAAUGAUCAAGUGAGGAACCUAUCAAAUCCCAAGAUCAAAGGAGCAGUAGUUUUUCACGCACAAGGUCCUCAAACAUUUGACUAUAGCAUACGUCUUAAUCACACAUGGGCUUUCUCAGGUUUUCCUAAUGUUAAAACCAUCAUGGAUGUAAACGGACCAUAUCUCAACGACCUCGAGCUUGGUGUUAACAUUGUACCAAUUCUUCAAUAUGGAUUCAGUGGAUUUCUGACCUUGCAGCAGGUGAUGGAUUCAUUGAUAAUUCUUCUUGCACAACUAAAUGGAACUAAUGUUAUGUCUGAGAGUAUAAAUGUAACAGAAACAUUAUCACCUUUUAUUGGACCUCGCUCUCAUGUGAACUUCAGAUGGACGGAGUUUAUUCCAGAAAAUAUCAGAAUUGUACCAUUUCCAACUCGAGAAUAUACAGAUGAUGAGUUCCAGUCAAUUGUGAAGAUUGUCAUGGGAUUAUUGUAUCUUUUGGGAUUUCUGUAUCCAAUUUCUCGUUUAAUCAGCUACUUUGUGUUUGAGAAGGAACAGAAAAUUAAAGAAGGUCUGUACAUGAUGGGACUUGAAGAUAAAAUAUUUUACCUUUCUUGGUUUAUUACAUAUUCAGUACAGGGGCUGGAGUAUGCGGAUGCCUUCCACUUUGUUCUUCUGUCAAGUCACAAAAUUUGGGAAACAAUUUUUGCAGUUUCAUCAGCAAUUAUAACAGCUUGUACGAUGGGAAGCAUUUUCAGAUACAGUGACAAAUCAGUGGUGUUUGCAUACUUCUUCCUGUUUGGUUUAAGUGCAGUCAUGCUUUCUUUUUUUAUCUCUGCAUUCUUUUCACGUGCAAAGACAGCUGUAGCAGUUGGAACUCUUUCUUUUCUGGGUGCCUACGUUCCUUAUUACACUGUCAAUGACCCUGCUGUCCCUUUGGUAUGGAAGAUGAUGGCUUCUUUGCUCUCCCCUACUGCUUUUGCACUUGGGACAGUGAAUUUUGCUGAUUAUGAGCGUGCUCAUGUUGGUCUUCGCUGGACCAAUGUUUGGCAGGCAUCAUCUGGAGUUAAUUUUUUGGUGUGCCUCCUAAUGAUGGUGCUUGAUAUGUUUCUGUAUUGUUCCCUCGGGCUAUACUUCGAUAAGAUUCUUUCUAGAGAGGAUGGAGUUUGGCAUACUUGGAACUUUUUGGUUACUACGAUACUUUGGAUAAGGGAUAAAACUUUUGCCAAUAAUACUGGAAGAUUGGACGACAAACAACAUAAUGAAGUACCAGGAAUAGAGAAAAGAUGGACCGGUCAAGUUGUUUGUGAACCUGCUAUAGAAGCAAUAAUAAGCUUGGAUAUGAAGCAACAAGAGCUUGAUGGCCGUUGCAUCCAGGUGAGAAAUCUGCAUAAGGUCUAUAUGACAAGGGAGGGAAAACAUUGUGCAGUUAAUUCACUUGAAGUCACUCUUUAUGAAAAUCAGAUACUUGCUCUUUUAGGGCAUAAUGGUGCUGGUAAAAGCACAACCAUAUCUAUGCUGGCUGGUCUUCUUCCUCCUACAUCUGGUGAUGCAUUGGUAUUUGGCAAGAAUAUUACAACAAACAUGGAUGAGAUACGGAAAAUGCUAGGUGUAUGCCCUCAAAAUGAUAUACUCUUUCCAGAACUAACGGUGAAGGAACACAUGGAAAUAUUUGCAAUUCUGAAAGGUGUGGAUGAUGAUUUCUUGGAACAAAAUGUGCUUCAGAUGAUUGAUGAAGUUGGUUUGAUGGAUAAAGUUAAUACAAUGGUUGGUGCACUUUCUGGUGGUAUGAAAAGAAAGUUGUCUCUUGGAAUAGCACUUAUUGGAAAUAGCAAGGUUAUUAUCCUUGAUGAACCAACUAGUGGUAUGGAUCCAUAUUCAAUGAGAUCAACAUGGCAGCUAAUAAAGAAGAUCAAGAAAGGGAGAAUAGUAUUAUUGACCACACAUUCCAUGGAUGAAGCUGAUGUUCUGGGUGAUCGGAUAGCUAUCAUGGCUAAUGGUCGUCUUAGAUGCUGUGGAAGUUCCCUUUUCUUAAAGCACAGAUACGGGGUUGGUUAUACACUCACAAUAGUCCAGACUUCUCCUGGUGUCUCUGUAGCUACUGAUAUUGUCCAUCGUCAUGUUCCAACUGCUACAUGCUUGUCAAAUGUAGGUACAGAAAUAUCUUUCAGACUACCUCUUGCAUCAUCUACUUCGUUUGAGAAUAUGUUUCGUGAGAUUGAAAACUACAUUAGAGGACCAAGCAAGUAUCAGGAAAGCUGCUCUAGUUUUUGUCAGGGCAUUGAAAGUUAUGGUAUCUCUGUUACAACUUUGGAGGAGGUUUUCUUGAGAGUAUCAGGAGAUAACUUUCAUGAAGAUGAUGAGAAUGGUUAUUACAUAUCUCGUACUGGAUCUAUGAAUACAAUUAUUGAAGCAUCUACCUAUACACUUACAAAAUCACCAAAUUCUAAAUUUCUAUUUGGAGUUCAUCUCAAGUUUGUCAGAUGGAUAUGUGCUACUCUGGGAAGAAUAUGCACUUCAAUAUUUGAUGCAGCAUGUGGUUUCGUCACAUUAUUUACUCUCAAGUUUUGUAGUUGUGGCUUGAUUCCAAGGUCUAUAUUUUGGCAACAUUCCAAAGCUCUCCUCAUAAAAAGGGCAAUAUAUUGUCGUCGAGAUAGAAGAUCAGUUAUCUUCCAGCUGUUCAUUCCGGCUUUGUUUUUACUAUUUGGUUUGCUUUUUCUAAAAAUUAAGCCACAUCCUGAUCAGUACUCUAUCACCUUAACAACAUCAUAUUUCAAUCCCUUACUAAAUGGUGGUGGUGGUGGAGGACCUAUCCCAUUCAAUCUCUCUCUAUCCAUUGCUGAAAAGGUUGCAUCUCAUGUUCAUGGUGGUUGGAUACAAAAACAGGAGCCAAGGUCCUACAGGUUUCCUGAUUCUGAAAAGAUAUUAGCUGAUGCUAUUGAAGCUGCAGGGCCACAAUUGGGCCCUGCUCUUCUUUCCAUGAGCGAGUACCUAAUUACUAGUUUUAAUGAAUCAUAUCAGUCGAGGUACGGUGCUGUCGUAAUGGACGAUCAGAAAAAUGAUGGUAGUGUCGGAUAUACAGUGCUUCACAACAGUUCUUGUCAACAUGCAGCUCCGACAUAUAUCAAUUUGAUGAAUGCUGCAAUUUUAAAAAUGGCAACUGGUAAUGAACAUUUAAUGAUUCAAACUCGUAAUCACCCUUUGCCAAUGACAAUAUCACAGCGGUCACAACGGCAUGAUUUGGAUGCAUUCUCUGCUUCAAUCAUUGUCAAUAUUGCCUUUUCUUUCAUCCCAGCAUCAUUUGCUGUUACAAUAGUUAAGGAGCGUGAAGUCAAAGCAAAGCACCAGCAGUUAAUUAGCGGGGUUUCUGUAUUAUCUUAUUGGGUUUCAACAUACAUAUGGGACUUCGUCAGCUUCUUGUUCCCGACAUCACUUGCAGUGAUACUAUUUUUUAUGUUCGAUCUGAAUCAGUUUGUUGGAACUGGAUGCUUCUUACCAACUAUAGUCCUCUUUUUGGAAUAUGGAUUAGCAAUUGGUUCAUCAACAUAUUGCCUUACAUUUUUCUUUUCUGAGCACACAAUUGCCCAGAAUGUGGUUUUGCUGAUUCACUUUUUUAGUGGGCUUAUUCUCAUGGUCAUUUCAUUUGUUUUGGGGCUUAUGGAUGCCACUAAAAGUGCAAACUCUCUGCUAAAGAAUUUCUUUAGGUUAUCACCUGGGUUUUGCUUUGCUGAUGGCCUUGCAUCACUUGCUCUUAGACGUCAAGGAAUGAAGCAGGGAUCUGGAAGUAGUACCCUUGACUGGAAUGUGACUGGGGCUUCUAUCUGCUAUUUAGCAUUUGAGAGCAUUAUGUACUUCCUCUUUACAAUUGCACUUGAAAUUCUUCCCUUUCAAAAGCUAAAUUUGAUGGCAAUCAAAGAGUGGUGGCAAAAUGUUCUCACCCUCCAGCAUGACGGAUCCAAUGACCAUUUCCAGCAUCUUCUGGGAUCAUAUGAAGAUUCAUCAUCUUCCAUAGCUAAUGAGGACAUUGAUGUUAAAGCAGAAAGGCAGAGGAUAAAUAGUGGCCUUGUUGAUAAUGCCAUAAUCUACCUGCAUAAUCUGCGGAAGGUCUAUCAUGCCAGGAAAAACCAUGCUAGAAAAGUUGCUGUCCAUUCAUUGACAUUCUCAGUUCAGGAAGGAGAAUGCUUUGGUUUUCUUGGAACAAAUGGUGCAGGGAAGACAACAACAUUAUCAAUGUUAACUGGUAUUUUUGGAGGGUUUUCAGCUCAUUUUAGGCAUACCGUUGGUACACCUUGGUAUGUACCAUACCGAGCAAGGCUUGGGAUGCUUGUACGGACCGAAAUUACGAACCUUGCCUGGUACAAAAUUGGAGAAGAGAAACCAACAGAUGGAACUGCAUAUAUUUUUGGCAAAGACAUAAGAUUGUAUCCAAAGGCUGCUCGUCGUCAUAUUGGUUACUGCCCACAGUUUGAUGCACUUCUCGAGAAUCUGACAGCUCGUGAGCAUCUUCAACUCUAUGCAAGAUUAAAGGGUGUUCCUGAAAUCAACCUAGAUGAUGUUGUUAAGGAGAAGAUGGUUGAAUUUGAUCUGUGGAAGUAUGCAGAUAAACCAUCAUAUUGUUUAAGUGGAGGAAACAAGAGGAAGUUGUCUGUUGCUAUUGCUAUGAUUGGUGAUCCUCCAAUUGUGAUUCUUGAUGAACCAUCUACUGGCAUGGAUCCUAUUGCAAAACGGUUCAUGUGGGAUGUGAUAUCUCGCUUGUCAACUAGGCAAGGAAAGACUGCUGUUAUCUUAACUACACAUAGCAUGAAUGAAGCUCAAGCCCUCUGUACCCGGAUUGGUGUUAUGGUUGGUGGCCAACUGAAAUGCCUUGGAAGCCCACAGCAUCUGAAAACGCGUUUCGGAAAUUAUCUUGAGCUUGAGUUAAAGCCUUCGGAUGUCAGCUCCAUGGAGAUAGAAAAUCUAUGUAAAAAAAUACAAGAGAAUCUCUUUGACAUCCCAAGUCAUUCAAAAAGUAUAAUUUCGGACCUUGAGAUGUGCAUUCGUGGCACUGGAACAAUAUCCGUACAAAACAUAUCAGAAAUUAGUUUGUCAAGAGAAAUGAUAAAUUUAAUUGGUCGCAUGCUUGGAAAUGAAGAAUCCACCCAGAUGACUGUCUUGCCUGUGCCUUCUAGUGAUGGUUUGUAUGGUGAACAAUUUUCAGAGCAACUAUUUCGAGAUGGUGGUAUACCAUUGAGAAUAUUUUCUGAGUGGUGGUUAGCCAAACAAAAGCUAUUGUUAAUUGAUUCAUUUUUUCUCUCUUCAUUUCCUGGUGCUACAUUUCAUGGAUCCAAUGGCUUGAGCAUUAGAUACCAGUUGCCAUACGGUGAAGGCUCAUCUCUUGCUGACAUAUUUGGACACAUAGAGCACAACAGGGAGGCACUUGGGAUUGAAGAAUACAGUAUCAAUCAAUCCACAUUGGAGACAAUUUUUAAUCAUUUUGCUUCCGCCCAAUAGGAAAAAGAGAUAAAACCACGGUAUCAAACACAAGCUCGGCAUCACAAGAGUUCUGUGGGUUUGUUUUACCUGUCACUCUCAUAUCAAACCCUUUGCGGUUCUCCAAAUUGUUUCACUCCCCUAGUGAGAAGAAACAAGCCCAGUCAUUCAACAGAUCAAGUUUGAAAUCUUGUUUUUGUACUUGACUCUAUCUAACAGUGUGAUUCAACAGAUCAAGUUCGAAAUCUUGUUUUUGCUAUCGAAGAAUACUACUGUAGAAGGUUCUUAAAAUCAUUUCGCUUCCGCCUGAUAUGAGAAUGAGGACACCUCCACAUCAAGUACAAGCUCAGCUUCCCAAGUUCUUGUGGUUAUGCCGAGGCAUUUGGAUGUCAACAGGCUCAUCAAAUGCGUGCUUGUCUAUGUCUAUUAAACCCUAGCAGUGGGCAGCAUCUGUUCCAUCAUUCUUGGCAUCUUGACUUUUGGUGUUUGGAAGCAACCAAAUCUUUGAAAGGUGAAUGCCUGCCCGCGCUUGUAGUCACAAAGUUAAGCUCGGUGCUCAAGUCAGUCAAAAGAUAAUUUUAUUCUUAGAUUUGAUUGACGUAAAAGCAUAUGAACUUAAUCUUGAAUCAAGUUUGUUGGCUUGUCCAAGAAGGGGCAAGACCUUUAGCGAGUGAAUCAACAAGCUGCUUUCUCAGAAUCGAACAAAAUUAAUGCAAUUAUGCUUUUUUAUUUUUA